AGACAUUUUCUUGAUUAGUCAAGAAUUCUCCAAGAAGCCGCCGAAGAUAAAGGUGAAAAUAUUAUUAAGGUGGCCAAAUUAAAGUUCUGUUUUUAAUCUUCUCAAAAUCUUAUCCUGAGUGUGAGUGUCAAUAUGCAAGAAACCGACUCGUUCUUAUGACGAAAAGCUCGUUAGCAGUGGACGCUUGCCGCAAAUUAUCAGUAUUUAGAGAAGAAAAGGAUAAUUUAGCUUUAUGAAACGUCACACCCUCCUUUUAACAUACUUUUAAUCGUGUUUGCGCAAACAAUCCCAUGUUUGCCAUGACGCGGGGUGGGCGCUUAAAAUGUUGUUUAAGGAGUGAAGGAAGAGAACAAAGUUGUUUGAGAGUGUUCAACGAGGGAAAAAAAUGAAUUCAAACAACGUGACUCAAAACUCAAGUAGUCCGCUCUGCUUUGAAGAUUCGACAGAAGCCAAGGUCGGCAAAACGUUGGCGUACGCCGUCAUCAUGUUGGCGUCGCUACUCGGAAACUCCGCCAUUGUGUUGGUGAUCUGUAAAACGCAAAGUCUGCGCAAUACAACCAGUUAUCUUAUAGCAAAUAUGGCCGUUUCUGAUUUGCUGAUGCCACUUUGCGCUAUGCCGCGGAUGGUCACCGCGGUUCAUUUUGGCGCCAAUCGCUGGCUGAUUGGCGGGAACUUUGGCCUGGCCAUGUGCAAGCUCGUGCCUCUCUUCCAAGAUGUUUCAACCGCGGUGUCGACUCAGAGUUUGGUUCUGAUCGCAGUGGAUAGAUUUUACAACGUUUUCUACCCGGUUAAGGCAGCCGUGAUGAGCUUAAAAGCAGCCAAGAUUGCUAUACCAUUCGUCUGGUUGAUCGCUGUCAUCCUUCACUCUCCGUACUUCUACAUUUAUAGAAUUGACACCCAGGAAGGCGAAGCAUACUGCUUACUGAACUGGUCUCCGCCGUUCGAUAACAUGCAAGCGCAGAAGUACUAUUUCGUUCUUCUGGUUAUUUUUCUUUUCAUUCUUCCGUUUAUCUUGAUAGCCUCGCUUUACACCGCUGUGAUCAUUCGAUUGAAACGACAACAAUUCCCCGGGCAGUAUCAAACUGAAAACGCACGAAAACUCCGAGAAAAGCGCAACAAGGCCAUCCUUCAGCUCUGUGUUGUCAUAGUGAUGGUUUUCAUGCUGUGUUGGAUCCCUUUCGUCACAUACGCGUUUCUGAAGUUUUUCUCGUGGGACACGCCUAACUGUGGACACAGCAACAUCGCGUUUGCGGCUCAAUUCAUCGCGCAUUCAAUCAGCGCGAUCAACCCGUGCGUUUAUUUUCUGUUUAGCUCCAGCUAUCGCCAGGGUCUCAAACAAGUAUUCGCUUGCGUUUCCCGUGGGCGCUCUUCCAGCCGCGUCCUGCCCGCGAUCAACGAGGAGCAACUGGAAAUGAGGACGCGGGCUAGAACUCUGUCUAUUCGAGUGCUUUGAUCGGCCCGAAACAAAAACACAAGAUCACUGGGGGACAAGAAACCACCACCACAAAUUGACUGGCAUCUCAAAAGUAGUAUUAGUAAGUGUCAGCCACAAAUUAACUGUAAACAAGAGAUACAACUGACGUUGUAAAUAAGUGACGAAAAUGUUGACGCAUGACGCAGACACCUGUAUUGUAGUUUGGUCUCCUAAUUAACUUGAAAUUGAUGUGGUCAGAGAAACAUUUCUUAAGCAUUUGAGGGAACCGCUGCGGACUAUCAAAGAAACGUGAAUUGAAUUUAAAAGGUCGUGUCUUUCUUCAUAUUGACAUCAGGCGUCCGGUCUUCCUUGCCUUCACCUGCAGCUUUAUCAGCCUCGUUCCCAAGGUCUCUCCCCCUGGAAACAAGGUUGCAAGGCUAAUUGGGAACGAGGUCACAGGGAUUGUUUAUGCCGUGCAUUCAGUUGUCUACGACACAAGCAACGGAGAAAAUUGAGCUGAGCUAAUCUUAUAUAAGCAGUUCAGCAGCUUCCCUUCAUUCCGUUCCAUUUUCGGUUAGCGAGCAUCAGAGAGCAAAAGCAAAACCGUCCCAAACUAUUCCCCUAACCUGAUGAUGUUUCUGUUAUAUUUUUAGUCAAACUACGAUGGCCUUAGAACAGAAGUUUAUAUGAAAGAAUUGAAACUUUUUUGAAAUCAAAACCUAGAAAUGAAUAUUAAGAAAAACAUCUAAGAUGAUAAU